CACAUUUCAGAGUGGGAACACACGCCAGAAAAGUCUUAGCACCGCGAUCCGCUCUCAAUUGCACAAACAAAACUAAAAUCCCAAUACAUAAUGCAAAAUAAUUAGUGGGGAACACAAAUUAUUGAAACUUUAAAGCGCAGUUCUUCGACGAAGCCAGUUGAUAGUUGAAAAUUUGUAUUAACAGCUGAGAUUUUGAUGCGCGAUCUUCGAACGCUCGACAAUUGUUAAUUAACCCCGUGGGUCAAUGUGUGUGCAUGUGUUCGAAAGUUGCGGUUAAACUGAAUAACUGAACUAUAAAAGUCAAGUGCAAGUUCCAUAUAAUGACAGCAAACAGCGAUGUGGAUGAUGAUGGAUCGAGGGAAACAAAGGAUCUUAAGAAACAAAAGCCAGCGCAUCGCUCGGUUAGUUAUCUCGAGCUCUAUCGAUAUGCCAGCUGGACCGAUUAUCUGCUCGUGUUGUGCGCCUUUAUAGCGGCUUUAUUGCGCUCCCUUGUCUUUCCCAUUGCCAUCGUGCUAUACAGCGAACUGGUGGCCAUGUUUAUUGACAGGACACUGGGUGUAGGCACCAGCUCAACCACCAUAGCUUUGCCAAUAUUUGGCGGCGGAACAAUUCUCACUAAUGCCACCUAUGAGGAUAAUAUGGCAGAGCUACGCAAGGACUCCAUUUCAUUUGGCAUUCUUAUGACUAUGGAUUCAUUACUUAUGUUGCUAUCUGGUAUCGCCUAUGUAGACAUUUUUAACCAUUUAGCUCUGAAUUUGACGGUGCGCAUGCGCCGUGAGUUCUUUAAGGCCACACUGAGGCAAGAAAUAGGAUGGCAUGACAUUGCGAAGGAUCAAAAUUUUUCCGUUCGCAUAACAGAUAACAUGGAGAAGAUUCGUAAUGGAAUUUCCGAGAAUGUGGGACACUUUGUGGAGAUUGUGUGCGAUGUAACGAUAAGCAUACUCAUAUCCUUUAUUUUCGGAUGGAAGCUGGCACUGGCGGUGUGUGCUUACAUUCCCAUUACUAUGAUAGUUAACUCGGUGGUAGCACAUUACCAGAGCAAGUUAACCGCCAGGGAACAGAGUUCCUAUGUACGUGCCAGUUCCGUUGUGGAAGAAGUCAUCGGAGCCAUACGCACUGUGGUCGCUUUUGGCGGAGAACGCUCGGAGUCCACACGCUACGAUAAUCUGUUGCGACCGGCACUUAAGGCUGGCAAAUGGAGGGGUGUCGUGUCGGGCUUAAACGACACAGUUUUGAAGGCCAUGAUGUUCAUUUGUGGAGCGGGUGCCUUUUGGUAUGGCGCCAAUUUGAUUCUAUACGAUCGAGACUCCGCGGUGGAGGAUCGAGACUACACACCUGCCGUCGUAAUGAUUGUCAUAGCGGGCAUCAUUGUGAGUGCUCAGCAUAUCUCCCGUACUUCUCCCUUUCUGGAGUCGUUCGCCAUGGCACGUGGCUCGGCUGUAGCCAUAUAUGAUGUAAUCGAUCGAACGCCACUGAUUGAUCCGCUCUCAAAAUCGGGCAAAAUACUUAACAAUGGCCUUAAAGGUCGCAUCGAGUUUCGUGAUGUGUUCUUUCGUUAUCCAGCACGCGAAGAUGUUAUCGUGCUGCGUGGCCUGAAUCUUGUCGUCGAGCCGGGCCAGACUGUCGCGCUGGUCGGAGCCUCAGGUUGUGGGAAAUCAACGUGCGUACAACUACUGCAACGCUUCUAUGAUCCGGUAUUCGGUCAGGUCCUCUUAGACGACGAAGAUGUGCGCAAAUACAACAUUGGCUGGAUGCGCUCCAACAUUGCCGUAGUGGGUCAGGAACCAGUGCUAUUUCAGGGAACUAUUGGAGAGAACAUAAGGCACGGCAAACCAGAUGCUACGCAGAAAGAGGUUGAAGAUGCGGCCAAGGCAGCGAAUGCUCAUGACUUUAUCAUUGCAUUCCAUAAGGGCUAUGACACGCACAUCAGUGAAAAGGGUGUCCAACUAUCCGGUGGCCAGCGACAACGUAUUGCCAUAGCACGUGCUUUGAUACAACAGCCCAAGAUUUUGCUGCUGGACGAAGCCACAUCUGCAUUGGACUAUCAUGCCGAGAAACUAGUGCAGGAAGCCUUAGACAGAGCUUGCAAGGGACGCACCACACUUGUGGUGUCACAUCGUCUCUCAGCGAUUAGACAAGCCCAUCGAAUCGUCUACAUAGAGGAUGGCAAGGCCUUGGAGCACGGCACCCAUACGGAGCUCAUGAAAUUGGAGGGCAGCUACCAUAAGAUGAUCACAUUUCAUGAUUAUGAGGACACGCCGAAUGAAGUGCUUAGCGAAUUAGAUGAGGCAGUCGUAUUAAAAGAUCGCAAGGCCUCACACGAUAUGGAGCAGCAUACGUUCAACGCAUUAAAGUCGAUUGACAAAAACGCCGAAUUCCAGAUGCAGCGCCUUAACGGGAUGACCAAAAACGAAGAAUUACAGGAAGCCAAGCAGGCAAAGAAGGAGAGUAGUAGCUAUGUACGGAUCUUCUUUCGCAUAGUCAGUUGGGCGCGACCUGAGUGGAGUUUCCUGGUUAUAGGCGCCAUUUGCGCUGGCCUUUACGGCUGCACCCAACCAGCCUUCUCCAUUGUUCUGGCCGAACUUUAUGGCUCGCUGGCUGAGCCUACCGAUGAGCGGGUCCUAGAUCGUAGCUCGGCCAUGUCUAUUGUAAGCGUUGUUAUUGGCAUUUGUGCGGGUACUGUUUGCUUUAUACAGACGUACUUCUUUAACCUAACUGGGGUUUGGCUGACGACGCGCAUGCGCUCUACGACAUUCGAUUCCAUUAUGCAACAGGAGAUUGCCUGGUUUGACGAGAAGGAGAACAGCGUUGGCGCACUGUCGGCUCGUUUAGCUGGAGAUGCAGCCAGCGUGCAAAAUGCCAUCGGAUUCCCACUAAGUAACAUCAUACAGGCCUUUACCAACUUUAUAUGCAGCUUGACCAUAGCCUUCUAUUAUUCGUGGGAGCUGGCUCUCAUUUGUAUGAGCACGGCCCCCUUUAUGGUGGCGUCGAUUGUGUUUGAGGCCAAGUUUGGUGAGAAGUCCACCUUGAAGGAGAAACAAUUGCUGGAAGAGACGAGCCGCAUAGCUACAGAGACGAUCGCACAAAUACGCACAGUAGCGGCAUUACGUCGGGAAGAGGAGCUAAUAAAAGCCUAUGACGCUGAAGUAGAACGCUAUUAUCUGCAAAUCAAAAGUCGCCUAAGAUAUCGCGGUCUCGUUAACUCUUUGGGCAUGGCCAUCAUGUUCUUUGGCUAUGCCGUAACACUAACUUAUGGCGGUUAUAUGUGCGCCGAAGGUAAAAUUAAGUUCGAGGACAUUAUGAAAAUCGCCAACACCAUGCUCUAUGGCCUUUUUAUUUUAGCUCAAUCAUUAGCUUUCACGCCGGCUUUCAAUGCGGCCCUUCUUUCCGCGACACGAAUGUAUGAGAUUAUUGAUCGAAAGCCACUCAUACAAUCUCCAAUGGGAGUGGGGCUGCCACACAACGGAAACGUAGCGCACUACAAAUCCAAUGUGGCGGAACAAGGUGUCAGCUAUCGGAAUAUUAACUUUAGCUAUCCCUCCCGACCCGAUCACAAGGUGCUGAGCGACUUCAAUCUGGACGUACUGCAGGGUAAAACAGUGGCCCUGGUGGGACCAUCGGGCUCUGGCAAAUCCACAUGCGUGCAGUUACUCCAACGCUACUAUGAUCCCGAUGAAGGCUCAAUUCUAAUCGACCAGGAGAGCAUACACCAUGAUAUGGAACUGAAAACUCUACGACGUCGUCUGGGCAUUGUUUCGCAGGAACCAUCGCUGUUCGAGAAAACCAUUGCCGAGAACAUUGGCUAUGGAGAUACCGCACGUGCUGUUCCCAUGCAACAAAUCAUUGAUGCGGCUAAGAUGGCCAAUGCCCACGAUUUUAUUAUGACACUGCCAGCCCAAUACGACACUGUGCUGGGCUCCAAGGGCACUCAGCUGUCCGGUGGCCAGAAACAGCGCAUUGCCAUAGCACGCGCUCUGGUCCGCAAUCCCAAAGUCUUGCUACUAGAUGAGGCCACCUCUGCACUAGAUUUUCAGAGCGAAAGGGUGGUGCAGAGCGCCCUAGACGAAGCCUGCUCUGGUCGCACCUCUCUGGUUAUCGCUCAUCGCUUGACCACAGUGCAGAGAGCCGAUGUUAUCUGUGUAAUGCACUGUGGAAAUAUUAUUGAGCACGGCACGCAUGCGCAGCUCUUGGCCAAAAACGGCAUCUAUGCCAAGCUGUAUCGUAGCCAAACGAAAACGUUAUAAACAUAGGAUAGGGCUAUUAAGCACAUUCAAUAGUUUGUUGUUCUUGAAAUAAUGGAUUAUACUAUACAGCAUGAGGCCACAUUUUGUUAACAUUGGAAGCUUUGAAUUUUUA